AUGCACAAUUAUCCCUUUGGUGGGUAUGUGCCUAAUCAUUCCACACUCACGAGAAAACUCAUCCCCCAAGAAGAUGAUCCUGAGUAUGAGAAGUUCAUUUCUGACCCUCAACAUGCUUUUCUGGCGUCUUUGGCGACUCAACUUCAAGCCACCAAGGUAAUGGCUGUCCAAGACACCCUAUCAACCCACUCUCCAGAUGAAGAAUACAUACAUCAGUUGCACAAUCUUCACAGGCAUUGGUUCAAUGAUCAUGAAGUUCUAAGUUUGUUUGAGAAGUAUUCAGCCAAAUUGGAGGACAUAAAAGAGACAAUAAAAGCACGAAAUAAGGAUAUCUGUCUCAGAAACCGAAGUGGUGAAUCCUCAACACUUAUUCAGUUAUUCUAG